UCAUCCCAACUUCCCCAGUAGUAACAGCAGACUCUAUACCCAGCAGACUCACCCCACAUACAUACACUAGUCACAGGAGCCUUAUCAUGCCAACUUCCCUAGUAGUCACAGCAGACACCCCACAUACAUACACUAGUCACAGGAGCCCUAUCAUUCCAACUUCCCUAGUAGUCACAGCAGACACCCCACAUGCAUACACUAGUCACAGGAGCCCUAUCAUGCCAACUUCCCUAGUAGUCACAGCAGACACCCCACAUACAUACACUAGUUACAGGAGCCCUAUCAUGCCAACUUCCCCAGUAGUCACAGCAGACACCCCACAUACAUACACUAGUCACAGGAGCCUUAUCAUGCCAACUUCCCUAGUAGUCACAGCAGACACCCCACAUACAUACACUAGUCACAGCAGCCCUAUCAUGCCAACUUCCCCAGUAGUCACAGCAGACUCCCCACAUACGUACACUAGUCACAGGAGCCCUAUCAUGCCAACUUCCCCAGUAGUCACAGCAGACACCCCACAUACAUACACUAGUUACAGGAGCCCUAUCAUGCCAACUUCCCCAGUAGUCACAGCAGACACCCCACAUACAUACACCAGUCACAGCAGCCCUAUCAUGCCAACUUCCCUAGUAGUCACAGCAGACACCCCACAUACAUACACUAGUCACAGCAGCCCUAUCAUGCCAACUUCCCUAAUAGUCACAGCAGACACCCCACAUACGUACACUAGUCACAGCAGCCCUAUCAUGCCAACUUCCCUAGUAGUCACAGCAGACACCCCACAUACAUACACUAGUCACAGCAGCCCUAUCAUGCCAACUUCCCCAGUAGUCACAGCAGACACCCCACAUACAUACACUAGUCACAGCAGCCCUAUCAUGCCAACUUCCCUAGUAGUCACAGCAGACACCCCACAUACAUACACUAGUCACAGCAGCCCUAUCAUGCCAACUUCCCCAGUAGUCACCCCACAUACGUACACUAGUCACAGGAGCCUUAUCAUGCCAACUUCCCCAGUAGUCACAGCAGACACCCCACAUAUGUACACCAGUCACAGCAGCCCUAUCAUGCCAACUUCCCUAGUAGUCACAGCAGACACCACACAUACAUUCACUAGUCACAGCAGCCCUAUCAUGCCAACUUCCCCACGGAUAGCGAUUGUGGAAGGCUACGUGCGAAGCAGAGUGAUUAAGGAAACUCUGGAGACCUUUGCCGACAAGUACCCAGGAACAAAACCACCAGCUAAAUGUAUUCAUGGAGUCUGGUCCAGAAAUGGCAUCAAACAUGAAGAAACCGAGGCCUCCAUCAAUCAGGACGGCUGA